AAGAAACGUCGAGAGGGAGGGGACGCCAGCGUAACAUUCCCACCGUUUUUUUUUUCCCUUCCCCUAUUUCCUUACCGUACAACCGAAAAAAACAAGGGCAUCCAUCGCUCCCCGAAUCCUCCUCACACCACAUCACCGACUCUAACAUCCGGGGUGAGAUCUAUCCAGUCCCUUUUUUUAUUUACCUCCCCUGGGUUGUACGGAUUUGAUCCUUUCAUCCACCUGCCUGCGGGGGUUUGCUGAGCCGAGCCGAGCGGCAGGGGCGUGAGAGGCGGAUGCUGCGAGCGUAGAGACGGGGUACCAACCAGGAGCAUCACCGCACUCACCACGAUGGACAGAAUGAAUUUUCUCUCCUUCCUCCUCCUUUGCUUGACUUCGGUUGCCAAUGGCAACAAAGCCAAUAAGCACAAGCCAUGGAUCGAGACAGAGUACCAGGGGAUUGUCAUGGAGAACGACAACACCGUGCUGCUCAAUCCCCCACUUUUUGCCUUGGACAAAGAUGCUCCACUACACUACGCUGGUGAGAUCUGUGGCUUCCGGGUCCAUAACGGCCCCCUGGGUUCGGGUUCGGUCCAGUUUGAAGCGGUGGUUCUGGAUCGCUCCACUGGCGAGGGUCUGGUCCGGUCCAAGGAACCGCUGGACUGUGAGAGCCAGCGGGAGCACAGCUUCACCAUCCAGGCGUACGACUGUGGAGAGGGACCGGAUGGAGUCAACAGCAAGAAAUCACACAAGGCCACCGUACAUGUUCGUGUGAACGAUGUCAAUGAGUUCUCCCCUGUGUUUGUUGAGCGUCGCUACGAGGCGUCGGUCCCUGAAGGCCGUCUGUUUGACCGAAUCGUGCGCGUGGAGGCUCUAGAUGCCGACUGUUCCCCGCAGUACAGCCAGAUCUGCUUCUAUGACAUCAUCACUCCCAAUGUGCCCUUUGCUAUUGACAACGAUGGUAACAUCAAAAAUACAGAGCCAUUGGAUUCGAAGCGUCAGCGCAUUCACACCUUCUGGGUAACCGCUUUCGACUGUGGCAAGAACCGCGCUCAAGCUGACGCCCAGGUUGUCGUCACGGUCAAGCCAUCCUGCAAACCUGGCUGGAUUGGAUGGACUAAACGUGUAGAAUACACACCUGGGUCAGGCAGCAUCCCCCUGUUCCCCAGCCUGCAUUUGGAGACCUGUGAAGAGACAGUGUGGAACAUCCAGGCCACCGUAGAGCUCCAAACAGGCCACAUCGGGAAGGGAUGUGACAGGGACAGCUACUCUGACAGAUCUGUGCGCCGACUGUGUGGUGCUGUGAGGGGUGAAGUGGACCUCCUCCCACCUCCAUCUCCUGCAGCCAACUGGACCUCAGCACUACCCACACUCCCCUCCUCUGAUUCAUCUCUGGUCUUCUCUUUCAACGGGUCCAACCACGUCGCUGUGGUGCCUGAUGCAGUUGUGUCUGCGUUAUCAGGGGACCAUUUCACUCUACAGCUGUGGAUGCGAAGAGGUGGAGCCAACAUCCAACCUGCGACCACUCAGACUAGAGGAAAUCGGAAGGAGGAAGAGACUAUUGUUUGCAGCACUGUCAAAAAUGAUGACUCCUUCUCCCACUACUCCCUCUCCGUCCACGGCUGCCGCCUCUCUCUCUUCUACUGGCCUGACGUCUCAGCCGCACGGCCUGUCAAGUUCCUCUGGAAACUGGAGCAGGUGUGUGACAGCGAAUGGCAUCACCUCUCUCUCAGUGUCCAGUUCCCUUCUGUGACCCUGUACGUCGAUGGUGUGACCUUUGACCCAGCCCUCAUCCAUGACAACGGAGCCAUUCCAAACCCUGCCCCCCGCCAGAGGAUGUUCAUUGGUGCCUGCUGGGAGCCAGAAGAGGAACAGAAGGAGAUACUAAAUAACACCAUCCCAGAGGGUAAAGACUCAGUAAAGUAUAUAGGUGGUUACCAUGGCCUGUUGUCGGGGGUGACGGUGCGUCCUGGCAGCGUGGAGCCUCACAGUGUGGUGGAGUGUCUGUAUGCCUGCAGGGAGGGUCUGGACUUUGGAGACCUGGAGACUCUGGGCUCUGGAAUGAAGGUUCAUGUGAACCCCAGCCAGUCGGUCCUAGUGUUGGAGGGCGAUGAUAUCGAGAGCUUCAACCGUGCUGUACAACAGGUCACCUACCGAAACUCUCUACGCUUCGCCACCCCUGGAGUCCGGCCUCUCAAACUAACCACCUCACUCAGAUGUUUCAAUGAGGAGAGCUGUCUGUCCCUGAAGCAGCUGGAAGGCUACCUGGUGGUCCUCCAGCCCGAUGCCCCUCAGAUCUCUCUGUCUGGAGUCGGUCCUCACCUGGCUCGUCCUGCUCCCGAGUUCGAAGGCCCCCGAGGCGUCCCGCUUUUCCCCGAGCUUCGGAUUGUCUGUUCCCUCUCUCACGCUGUCAACACAGCUGCACAGGGGAUGGAGGGAGGAGCUCUGAUGUCAGAUGCAGUGGCUCACACUCUGGACGGCUGUGAGGUGCAGCCGCUGGGGGAGGAGCUAAACCCAGAGCGAGAGGAGCUUCUGGUGGACAUGGAUGUUGUACGUGAGCGGGGACUGGAGAUCAUUAACACCACUGCUUAUAUUGCCAUCACAGGUGCAGAAUCCAUCUCUGUGUACGAGGACGUCCUUCGUUCAGUUCGCUACAGACUCGCCAAAGGCUCUGCCCGCUUCGAGAGGCGGUUCCGCCUGUCCUGCUCUGAGAUGAAUGGCAGAUAUACAAGCAAUGAAUUGACUCUGGAGGUGAACUUCCUCCACUCUCUGGACAGUUUAUACCACCCAUCCCACCUUCUCGCCUCCCAGCAGCAGUUCCUCCAUCCAUCCCACCAUGCCGGGGAGUUGAGUGGACACACUCUGCCUAAUCCACACCGCAACUCAGUGGUUCCAGGAGCAGCCACCGUCAUCAUAAUGGUGUGUGUGGGCUUCCUGGUUGUUAUGGUGAUCCUUGGUGUUUUCCGAAUCCGCUCUAUCCACCGCCGAGGUGAAGGUUCCAGGGGCGGGGCUAAAGAGGGUAGUAACCAAUGGGAUGACUCGGCCCUCACCAUAAUAGUCAACCCCAUGGAGUCUUACGAGUCCCGCAUGGGCAUCUCUGCUGACACGGAGGGAGAGGGGGAGGAGGAUGAGGAGGUAGCAGAGUCACCUGAUGAUGCGAGUGACGACCAGCGAAUCAUCAUCAAGAAGGAGGGGAGAGACAGCAACGCCCGUCGCUACUGAGACACAUGUAUCUCUGCACCAGUUCUCAUGGAAACCACAAACCGGCUCGCCAGUCACACACUCCAACACUUUUAAUAUCAACGACUGCUGACACCACUAUUAUAAGGAAUGUAUGCUUACAAACACGACGCACAGCACAGUCACUGUAAUACUCUACGCCAUAUGUGACCUAUAGCCAACAAUGGGCUCUUGUUCUCCACCUUAAUGUUCAAUGGCACAAUGUAUACAGUUAAUGUAACUUAACCACAUGAGCAAAACCCACCAAAAUUGUAUGUGGUGCACCACUUCUGAAUCACAAGAUGGUAAUGUGUCUGUAUAGUGUAAUGCUGGUUGAAUGAGACUGAUUUUUUUUUUUUUUUUUUAAAGAUUGUAUUCUAUCUUUUGUUAUUAGAAUGAAAUCCAUACAAUACUGGAACAACAAGUCGGCCUUGAAUUGAUCUGUAGGCACAAACCAUCAUCUCAACACUCCUCCAGACUCCUGUAGACUGACUCACGAAGUCUGUGCACAAGCUCUUUUCUCACUCUUUGCAUCCUCUCUCGACACAUUCCUCGACCACUGUAACCCGCAGAGUGAAGGCAGUGAGGUCAGACAUUACAGCUGGUCACUCUCUGACUUAUAAAAAACAUAUAUAUAUCCAAGCUGGCAGAUAUUUUUCUUUUUACAUUCUGGUACUGUAAAGCUUCAGUGCCUGAAUGCUUUUUGUCUGACGCGGAUGAUAACAGCGACUAUAGAAGAUAAACCCACCCUUGACAUAAAUCAGUGCUUCAGUGAAAUUACAGUGUAAGUCUCGACAAAAUUGGAAUCUUCGCAAAGGUUGUGCUUAUGCCACUCAAUGAAAACGUUUCAUCAUUUACAAUAAACCUGACCUCUGACCCCCACCUCACAGUGACCGCCAGAAUGUCUCUAAAUGACUCUCACUGCACUGUUUCACUCACUGCACACUCCUCUUACAAUUACUGCAAGAUGACACAUGCAAACACAUAUGAACACACACACAUAUUCCAUACUGCUACCCCUGCUGUUUCCAGAAUGUCAGCUCAGCUUGGGCAGUUUUGAUUGUAUUGAUUGUAAUGAAUUUUAUGUACAUACAAUGAUGAAUAUUAUGAUAUUAUUGUUAUUACUAUUAUUAUUGCAGCCAAUCUUUCUCUUUUUCUGCACAUUUUGAGAGGGAGCAGGUUAUGAUUUUAUAAUUGUUUUCCAUCUGAGUAAUCACUGUUACAGCAUCAGAAAACAGUAUAAUAAUAAUAUUAAUAAUAAUAGUAGUAGUGAUAAGGAUGAUAAUCCCUGGCUUGAUGAGUGUCACUUAAUUUAUGUGUAAUAUUGUUGUAAUUUAAGAAAUUGUCAAUAUCUGAAUCACAGAAUAAGGAGGGCACAUUGUUGUGAUACCUAGAUAAGUCUCACUCAUUUCAUCUUUCACCAGGUUGAUAUUUUCACAUCUGAGAACUAAGCAUUUUUUUUAUGUUUCUGUUUUCUCUCCACGUCAUAACUUCAUUUUAAAGAAUGUACAACUGUGUGCUUCUCCUCACCCUCCGUCCCCCCGGCCGCCUCCCUGCCUUCACCUCUCCCUCACUUUCCCUCUGUGUCUCUUGCUGUUUGUCUGUGUAGCCUAUCAAUGUGCAGUGCUAAACCUGUCAGUAAAUAAAGCCUGUUGUUUUUGAGUGUGAUGUUAAGAAGGAAUAAACAUUGCAUUGAUUAAUAACUUAUAUUAUUACUAUGUUACUAUUGGAACAUUACCUGUAAUUAUUGAUACGACAAUGACAUGGAUUAUGCUGACUAAUUGUUAUUGAGAACUGUCAGAAAACAUUACAAAAUUCAUAAUAAAAACACUAUAUGACGUCUC